UGCCCGGGACGGUGGUGCCAUGGGCUUUGGGCCAGAGCUGUGGUGCCCACAGGGGCACAGUGCGCUGCUGCGGCUGCAGGACAGCGAGCUGCGCCUGCUGGAGCUGAUGAAGAAGUGGAUGUCUCAGCGUGCCAAGAGUGACCGGGAGUACGCAGGGAUGCUGCACCAGAUGUUCUCCCAGCUGGAGAAGCAGGAGGGCUCCAGCCAGAUCCGUGCCAGUGACCAUGGCGGACAGAUCGGGGAGUCCUGGUGGGUGCUGGCGAGCCGGACGGAGACGCUGAGCCAGAUCCUGCGGCGGCAUGCAGAGGAGCUGUCGGCAGGGCCGCUGGCCAAGCUGAGCCUGCUCAUCCGUGACAAGCAGCAGCUGCGCAAGGCUUUCAGUGAGCAGUGGCACCAGCUCAGGCAGGAGUACAACCGGACCACGCAGCAGGAGAUGGAGAAGCUGAAGGCGCAAUAUCGCAGCCUGGCACGGGACAGUGCCCACGCCAAGCGCAAGUACCAGGAGGCCAGCAAAGACAAGGAGCGGGACAAGGCAAAGGAGAAGUACGUCCGCAGCCUCUGGAAGCUCUAUGCCCUGCACAACCAGUACGUGCUGGCUGUGCAGGCAGCCACGCUCCACCACCAGCACCACUACCAGCGGGCACUGCCCAGCCUCCACCGCUCCCUCUAUAGCCUGCAGCAAGAGAUGGUCCUCAUUGUGAAGGAUAUCCUGGGGGAGUACCACAGCAUCAGCAGCCUGGUGCAGGAGGACAUGUUAGCCGUGCAUCAGGAAAUCACCAGUGCCAUCCAGGCCAUCGAGCCGGGCACUGAGUACAGCAGCUUCAUCCAGAGCCACAGGUACAGCUCUGAGGUGCCACCGGCUGUGUCAUUUGAUGAGAGCUUGCUGGAGGAGACGGAGGGGCUGGCACCGGGGGAGCUGCAGCUGAACGAACUGACCGUCGAGAGCGUCCAGCACUCCCUGACGUGGAUGGAGGAGGAGCUAGUGGCCGCCACGGAGGCUGUGGGCAGCAAGGAGCAGCAGGUGCAGGAGCUGCAGGCGGAGAUCCAGGGCGCGGAGCAGGGUCGGAGCCCCGGGGAGCGGGUGCACUUGCUGGGCAAGCGCCAGGGGCUGCAAGAGGUGCAGCAGCAGCUCGAGAGCUGCCUCUGCACCCAGGCCAAGCUGCAGGCACAACGGGACCUGCUGGCUGGGAAGCUGGGGGAGCUGGGCACCGGGGAGCCCCUGCCUGCCCUUCCACUGCAGGAGGACCGACAGUCAGUCUCCUCCACGGAGCAGGAGCGGAGUGGAGCCACCGCACUGGAGACCCUCAAGAAUCACAUCACUGGCAUCUUCAGUCCCAAGUACUCACUACCACCUCCCGUGCCCCUGAUCCCAGAGGUGCAGAAGCCACUGUGCCAGCAGGCCUGGUACCAUGGGGCCAUUCCAAGGUCAGAGGUACAGGAGCUGCUGAGCUGCAGUGGGGAUUUCCUGGUGCGGGAGAGCCAGGGCAAGCAGGAGUACGUGCUCAGUGUGCUGUGGGACGGGCAGCCCCGGCACUUCAUCAUCCAGGCUGCUGAUAACAUGUACCGGCUGGAGGGCGAGGGCUUCCCCACCAUCCCGCUGCUUGUCGAGCACCUCCUGCAGAGCCAGCAACCUGUCACCCGGAAGAGUGGCAUCGUCCUGGCCAGGGCCGUGCCCAAGGACAAAUGGGUGCUCAACCAUGAGGAUGUGCUGCUGGGGGAGCGCAUUGGCCGGGGUAACUUUGGGGAAGUGUUCAGUGGCCGCCUGAGAGCUGAUAACACCCCUGUAGCAGUGAAAUCCUGCCGGGAAACCCUCCCACCCGAGCUCAAGGCCAAGUUCCUUCAGGAAGCCAGGAUCCUCAAGCAGUAUAACCAUCCGAACAUCGUGCGGCUCAUCGGUGUCUGCACCCAGAAGCAGCCCAUUUACAUCGUCAUGGAGCUUGUGCAGGGUGAGCAGCCCCCACGCUGCCAGGGCAGCCAAUGCAUACCAUGGUGUGCCAGCGCAGCUGCCACCAGCUCCACAAUCCUGGGUACAGGGGGGGACUUCUUGAGCUUCCUGCGCAGCGAGGGGACACACCUGCGCAUCAAGGAGCUGAUCAAGAUGACAGAGAAUGCUGCAGCUGGCAUGGAGUACCUGGAGAGCAAGCACUGCAUCCACAGGGACCUGGCUGCUCGCAACUGCCUGGUGACGGAAAAGAACAUCCUGAAGAUCAGCGACUUUGGGAUGUCACGGGAGGAGGAGGAUGGCAUCUACGCCUCCACGGGUGGGAUGAAGCAGAUCCCUGUCAAGUGGACCGCCCCUGAAGCACUGAAUUAUGGCCGAUACAGCUCAGAGAGUGAUGUCUGGAGCUUUGGGAUCCUGCUGUGGGAAGCCUUCAGCCUGGGUGCCGUUCCCUAUUCCAACCUCAGCAACCAGCAGACACGAGAAGCAGUGGAGCAGGGCGUGCGGCUGGACCCCCCCGAGCAGUGCCCUGAGGAGGUGUACCGGCUGAUGCAGAGGUGCUGGGAGUAUGACCCACGCAAGCGGCCCAGCUUCAGCACCAUCCACCAGGACCUCAUCACCAUCCGCAAGCGGCACCGGUGACAGGCACCACCCUGCAAGCCCUGCUUGGGCCAGCACUGUGUGCCCCUGACCCAUCCCAGCUGGAUGAGGCCUGUCAGAGAAGCAGGUGCUGCAGGGCAGCUGAACAUGGCUGUGCCCCCUCCCCAGCCCAGGGCAAGGGUCUCUCACAGCCCCCUGGGGAUGUCAUCCCUACAGCCCCUGCCAGGCUUGGUCCUGGGUAAUAAACAGCUGAGCUCUGCAGAACCGCAUCUGGGAGUAUAGGGGGAACAGACUCCGUGGGAGACAGAGGGACUGUGUGCUGCACCUGGCAUGGGCACGGUGG